AUGCCCGCGGGGACUCGGCCGUGGUUGGAGGCGUUCAGCGUGCACAGGCACCAUCACAUCGCCAGGGCGCCGGCGCACGGGCUGGCUCCCGCGCACGCGGCUCGGCUCGCGCGAUCGCUGCGCAGGCAGAGCGUCGGGUUGGUGCUGGCGGGGGGCGGCGCGAGGGGUUUCGCGCACGUCGGCGUGCUCAUGGCGUUGGAGGAGGAGGGCGUGCCGGUGGACCUCCUGGGAGGAACGUCGAUGGGUUCUUUCGUCGGCGGGCUGUACGCCAAGGAGCCCACGGCGCUGCUGACUCGGAUCAUCGCGCGCCGACUGGCGGUGCACAUGUCCUCCACGUGGAACCAGCUGAUGGACCUGACCGUCCCCGUCGUCAGCUACUUCUCCGGGUUUCGGAUGAACAAGGUGCUCGAGCCCUUGUUCAGGGGGGCGAAGAUCGAGGACUGCUGGCUGCCGUUUUUCUGCAUGACGCUCGACUUGGUGUCGUGCGUGCCCAUCGUGCACAGGAACGGAACUCUGUGGAGGUACGUUCGAGCGUCCAUGGCGCUCGUGGGCUUUCUCCCGCCGCUGUGCGACUGGGCGCCGCGCGAGCGUGCGGGCGCGCAGGGAACCGACCCGUCGUCCCCGCGAUCCUCGAUGGACCAGCCGGGAGGCGCCCUCCAAACCGUUAACUCGACCGGGGGAAACGGAAGCUCCCCGAUUAAUUCCGUCUCAACCUCCGGAGACGCCGGAAACAAAUCGGGACAAUCGCGGGACCGGAGGUUAUCCGGGCUGGGCCGGCAGGAACCCGGACGGUUGCACGUGCUCGUGGACGGCGGGUACGUGAACAACUGUCCGACGGACGUGAUGCGCGCGAUGGGCGCGAGGAUCAUCGUCGCCGUCGACGUGAGCGGCCACGGGUUACCCGAGUCUCGGAUGAAACCCUGGGGCGACGCGCUGUCCGGAUUCACGCUCAUCAUGAAGUCGUGGCUGCCGCAGUGGCUCGGGGGCGGGCCGUCGUGCCCCACGAUGGCGGCCAUGCAGUCCCACUUGCCGUACAUCACGGAUUACGCGAACGCCGCGCGGAGGUGGCGAACAGUGGACGUGAUGGUUCGGCCCGCGGUGGCGGAUAUUCCGAUUCUCGCCUUUAACAGGUACGCCGAGGUGGUCAGAGCCGGGCACGAGGCUGGGCUGCGGGCGAUACGCGCGUGGAAGGUGGCGAACCCCGACGCGUUGCCCAUCCUGGACGACGGGAUGUGGCGCCCGAGCAACGCGGGCGGGGGGGGCGGGGGCGGCGGUCUCGGCGGGAUGACGCUGCGCGAGGUUGGAAGCAAGGGCCGACUCGCCUCCGUCGCGCCCGGCGGGGGUGUCGGCAUCGGCGCGAGGCUUCCGAGCACGGAGACGCUCGUCAGGGGGGGCGGGCUCCUCGGCGCGUCGUCGUCGUACGGCGGUGGGAUGGGCGGGAACUCCAGCGGGGACCUCGUCGCUCGCGGCUUCGACUCGGAGAUGGUGGAGGCGAUGGAGCGGGACCCGUUCGGCGACGGAAGAUCGAAUUCGGCGAUGGACGAUCCGACCCGAGAACGGAUUCUUCCGGACGAUUACGUGGAGCGGCACGCGAUUCGUCGCGCGAGCGCGGAGCGCACGGAGCGCGCGGCGCGUGAGGCGGCGAUUUUGCUCAAAGACGCGGACGCUCGUCGCGCGGAGGCGCGGCGGAUGGAGGCGGCGUCGGCGGGUAGUCCCUCGCCGGGUGGUGAGUCACCGGGCCGACCCCCGGCGCGGUGGACCGGCGACACCCUUCACGACGACGGCGACGACGACGGCGAGGGCGGGAACGGCGGGCCGGGCGAACGAUCGGACGUGAACGCGCACCCCGACCCGGGGCGGCGGCGCACGGAGCAGUGGCUCACGCGGGUGGGCAGCGCGCCGCGGGAAUUUCUAACCCCGGAUCAGCCGCGCGUUCGCCGUCGCGGGGGGUUCGGUUAGCUAGCUAGACCGACGGUUCGGCGACGUCGGUUUUAAGUUCGGAGCUAAGAUACUUCGUGGCU